GCAUCAUUACAGGCAGCCCACGAACACAGCUCGAGAUGGUUCCAGGAUGUGUGUGAAGAAAAAAAAAUCUCGGGUUUUCAAAGACUCUAAACUCUGGAGAAAUGAAGCUCUCAGUGGUUUCCUGCCACAGACAGACAGCAGAGGCCGAGAGGAACGUUUGAGUUGUGCGUCAGCAGCUGCAGACGAGCGUCCGAGUGUUUAACGGCAUCUGUGCUGGUGUCGACUUCACAGGAGGAUGAAGAUGCUGCUGCUGUUCCUGCUUCUCCUCAUCGACGUUUCCCAGCAUGCCUGUGGUGUGGAGGUGUAUGUUGGGGAUCCGUUCGUCCUGCUGCCCUGUAAUAGCCAAACAUCUGAACUGGACAACUCCACAGUGGUGUGGAGUCGCUCCGACCUCAGUCCUCCAACCGUCCACCAGCUUCAAGGAGACGAACUGAAAGAUCAAAACCAGCGUUACAGCGGCCGAACAUCCAUGAAGACUGACGCUCUGGAAACUGGAGACCUCAGCCUGAACCUGACCAACCUCCAACUGUCUGACAGCGCCACCUACACCUGCUCCAUCAGAAAACAUGGACAGGAACUGAGUCGGAGUGAUGUACAGCUACAGGUCAAAGAGCAGUGGUCAUACUGGGAGCCUCUCAUGUUUCUCCUGGUUCUGGUCCUUACAGUUUCCGGGGUUCUUUUAAUACAUUUUCGUCACUAUUUGAUAUCAGGCUGUGAAAGUGAAGACGGGGAUUCUGACGCCCUUUAAAGCACAGCUGACCUUCAUCAGGACAUCACAGAGGAGACGCUCAAACUACAAACACACAAUGAUCCACAGACACACACCUGCCUGAUAAACUGCUCUUAGUACAUCAUCACACACACAGGAUGUGAUUAUGCACAAAGUCUUCAAGCAACCAAUGAGAGCACAGGAUACGACUGACUGACCUCUGGUAGGAACCACAGAUGAGGACACAGGUACACACCUCACAGCAGCUGAAGCUUUCUGCCUCUCUGUAGACGGUGUUUGUUUACAUUGAAAGCAAAAAUCAGAUACUACAGAUGUCACGUGAAUUUAAAGGUUUUUCUGUGAGUGAACUGACUACAGCGGCUACAACGCCGUCCUUUGUUAACGUUGUUGGUCCAGAAACUUCCUGUUCACUCAGAACCUGAAAUAAAGAUGAACAUCAGAGCCUCUGGUUUUUAUCCCCCCUGACAUCAAACAGACACAAAACACUGAGUCACUAAGACGGAGUGUUUCAGAUCAGAUAUGUGGGGAAUGAUGAUAUGAUGGUGCGCGUCUCCUCUCAGGUGGAGGUGAGGUUAUUCCCACUGCUGUCCUCAGCCUGCAUUUCUAUGUCUGUAAAGAUUACGAGCUCUAUUAAACGAUAAACGUGCGCUUCUGCUUCUCUGUGAUCAGUUAAUAAUCAACUCAAACGCAGUAUCAACCAUAUUUUUUACCCUCGUGACAAAAAGUAACAACAAGUUUUAUUCUUUGCUAAUUAAUCACAGCUUUACUGUGUUAUGGUGUAAAAUAACCCCAAAGUCCAAAAACAAGCACAUCAUUUUAGAAUCACUCUCUCUUCAUUGAUGAUGCUGAGCUUUUAUACUCAUUACCAAAAACCUCAGAGAAAUUAAAGCCUGGAGCUUCAGUGGUUAAACAACAUUUAGUGUGUGUGAGUCUGAUGAGCAGCUCUGACAUGAACCAUGACUCCUCCAUGUCCAGCACUGUGGUGAAAGCUGUGGACUUUCAGUCAUUUAUCAGCUUCCUGUCACACACGAGGACUUCCUGUUAAGGACAAAAGUUCCUCUAUCAGCAGUUUGUGCAUCGUGACACUCCACCCAAGUGUUUCAGAUGGUGAUGAUUCUGGGUGCAUAACAUAACACAUAGGAUUGAAUAAAGACGCUGACACCCCACCUGUGCAGGCGUCCUUUGACUUAGUUUUAUUCAUUUAUCGUAUUUUAAUCACUUUGUGACUGUUUGUCUUGAAAUUUCAUUUCUUAUCAAGUGAUAAAGCUUUAUUGCAUUUAAUAAAAGCAUGUGACAAGUGAAAGGAUGGAGGAACAGAGCGAAGUGUUGCAGUCUGUUUACAUAUUUAGGGACAACUAUCAUGCCAAUGACAGAGUGUGUUUCUAAUUAAGCACGUUUAAUGGAAGAAAUGUCUUUAUUAAUAAUAGAUGACUGGAGAUGGUCCGUGCCUGUUUCACUGACUGUUACAAUCCCUGUUUUACUGUUUACAACAAUUCUGACGGCUAAAGAACCAAAUGGGACAAAAAAAAGAAGAAGUAAGUGUAUUCACAGCGUACAUUUAAGCUUCCCCUGUGUUUCAUUCGCAUGUGUCCCCAGCCCGUCGUGUCUCUCUCUUGUGCUCCCUCGUUUUUUUUAUUCUUAUGACUUGGCAGCAUGAAUUUAUUUUCCUGAAAGAAACAUAAACAAAUGCCAUGGCCGUGAAGUCUGUUAGUCAAUAAAGUAACCACAUGUGAUCGUGCUUUGCAGAAAAGGUACUCGCACUCAUCUAUCCAUACCAUGCAUGCCUAUGAUUACUUAACCCACCAGAGAUUUGCUUGAGUACAGCUGCAAGCUGUGACCUAAGGGGUUCAGCUGGACAUGAGCAAUAACUAAAUAACAAUUAAACCAUGCCAUUCUUAAAGAUGUGGGCCUAGGCACAAUUAAGUGGGAUUUGGGCAUGGAAUUUACAGUGUGUUUGCUACCUGUGCCCAAGCAGAGAUCCUCAAUGCUUCCUCAACAACAUUUUUAAGUAAUUUGCAUAUUUGUUGAAAAAAAAACUGUCUCAAAUUCUCCAAUUAAAAUAUAGAUACAAUUACACAUUUUCAAAAGCCUGACGUGUGCAUAUAAGAGAGGCUGUGUAUAAGGCUUUAAAAAUCUGUCACAAAGGUGACUUUGUGUCUGACCUUAUUGUGUAUCCAUCUGUAGACGUUUCCUUUUCAGGGGCACAAAGACUGUAUAGAAACAUGAUUUACUAAGGUCUGUGGGAGGGAAUUUAAUGCAUAUUAGGCUGAAUUUAGAGCCAAAAACAUGUGCCUUAUCUUUUUUCAGUGUAGAUGUAAGAUAUGCUGCUAGCAGGGCUCAGUUAUUUGGAAGGAGAGGGGAUGUUACCAAUACAAGCAAGUAUUUUCUUUUACUGGGAGCCAAGUUACUUGUGUCAUUUUUUUCCAGGUGUGUCCACACAGAGCAACAUUUUUUGUUUGUUUUAUGUCUAUCUGAUAUAGGAUCAUUUAACAAACCAAGCUGAAAUGUCUGUCAAAAUGAAGCCAUCCACUCUCUUAGCUAUCUAAACUAAGUUAGGCUGUUGUUGGAGCCAUUCAUUCAUUUUGAUCAUUUUUGAAAUGUAAUAAAAACUUCUUGCUGCUUUCAGGUAUUAAGCACUAUCCUUGGGUUCCAAACACCUGAUCAGAUAUAACUAAUGGUCUGUAAACAAACAAAAUAAUUAUUGAGGCAGUUCAAAUAAAUAAUUACUAAAGUUGAUUCUUUUUUUUUUAAAAUAAAAUAUGAAUAUUUACAGCAUAGCAGUAAAAAGGCAUAGUGUUGCUCACAGACACAAGG